AUGGCUCCAAUGCUUGAUUUCAUCUUUCAGCGUCGGGACUUCAAUACUAGUACUCCAGCGGCCGCUUUCUCCCAGGAGUGGUCCCAACCAUCCAAUUAUGCCUUUACCAUCCUUCUCUUGCUGGGAGGAGAUUUGAUAAAUCGUGCUCUUGCACAACUGGCUGGUGGUUGGAUUACGCCUGUAGCUUUUUCCUUUGGAUGGGKUUCUUAUGCGACUGCCUCUGUCUGUGCGGCUCUCGGAGAGUACAGACUCAUGCCCGACGCUGACACUGGAUGCUGCAUCAUUAAUGGCAAGAAUGGCUACGUCCGCGGAAACAACUCCUGGGUCCUCGGACGCAUGAUGCGCGACUACGAGUACUGGAUGGGAAAGACUGUUGCCGACAAAACCGAGUCACUAAUCGCGGCUCGAUGGAAGUUCGAGCAAGAAAAAGAAAAUCGAGAUUAUCCUGGAUCGAAUGUCACAGUGCCUCGCCCUGCUCAGGCUGGACUGGUGGUUAGUAUCUGGAAGCCUAGUAAGACAAAACCACAUGGUGAACCGGGGCAUGAUAUACUUCAUUGGUCCGGACUUAUUGUUACUGUCAUCCAGUUGGGAGUUGCCUGUAUACCGUUAGGCUUGACAGGUGAUUGGGGAGUCUUGUUAGUUACUGGCGGUGCUACUCUUCUCUGUUACUUCACUGGUGCCCUUCAGCAAUGGAGGGUCGAAAAAUGGGCUUGCCGACGCCUGGAUGGUCGAAGCAAUAAGAAUUUUGUCAUGACACGCGGCAACGGAGCCCAGCAUGCAAUUGCGAUUAUUAGUGAAGGACAUGGUCUGGACUUGGAGGAUCUUGCAACGGGCUUUGCCAACGUCGACUCCCCGACCAUUUCGCUCUUCUCACAGCUUUCUGUCAUUGUCCUGGGUAUUUUGUGGGUUGCCCUGUUAAUCACCGCAUCAGGUCUGACGGAUGACUCAUGGUACUUGAUUGCUGUUGGUGGUAUUGGAAUGCUCCAAAACAUCUUCGUCGCCGGUUGGAAGCGUACUCCAUAUGCAUAUGGAAUUCCGCUGGAAUUUGUAGAUGUGAUCGGUGAAGCCAAGGUUAUGAGCACGCUAUUGGAGCUCGAGAAGAGAUACGAGAAGCUAGGCAAAAGCAUGCUGGGUACAUUCUUUCCUGGUGAUUUGCGUGAAAAGGAAGUCGAGCAGUGGGCUGCUAUUGCUGCAGAGUGGAAGGAGAAAAAGGAUGCUGAAAAAUCUGUUGAGGUGAAGAGCAACUGA